AUGAGUUUGCGGCUUCACGGGAGCGCUGUAAUGUGAAAAGCCGCAUUUGCACUAUUAGUACUAUCACACUAAAAAGAAAAACACGAGAGCGCGUUUCUUUUCUCUUCACGUCUCUAGUCAUAUCCUGAGAGUGGAUUAACACAUUUAAGUGCUACAGCCAUGUCCAGGCCAGCGGGAGGCAGUGUUAAUGAUGUCACCCGCUUCCUGUCCACGGGGGCCGGGCCUGGGUCACCAACCUCAGUGUUCUCCGCCUCCAGCCAAGCUGAUUGGGCGGCUAAGAGACUCGUAUGGGUGCCUUCAGAGAAACAUGGGUUUGAGUCUGCAAGCGUGCGCGAGGAACGGGGCGACGAGGUGGAGGUGGAGCUUACAGACAGUGGGAAGAAGCUGACGCUUUCGAGAGAGGAGCUCCAGCGGAUGAACCCGCCCCGAUUCAGUAAAGUGGAAGACAUGGCCGACCUCACGUGCCUCAAUGAGGCCUCUGUCUUACACAACCUACGAGAGAGAUACUAUUCAGGACUCAUAUAUACAUACUCCGGCCUGUUUUGUGUGGUGAUCAACCCCUAUAAGAACCUGCCCAUCUACACAGAAUCCAUCAUAGAGAUGUAUCGUGGGAAGAAACGGCACGAGAUGCCUCCACAUAUCUACGCCAUAUCGGAGGCGGCCUACAGGAGCAUGCUGCAAGACAGAGAAGAUCAGUCCAUCCUGUGCACAGGGGAAUCUGGUGCAGGAAAGACAGAGAACACAAAAAAAGUGAUUCAGUAUCUGGCACAUGUGGCGUCCUCACACAAGUCUGGCACUCUGGGACGUCCCAAAGACAGCGCCCUGCAGAUGGAUGGUACUCGCUCUCUGGGUCGUGGCAGUAGCGCUGUGAACAGGACUGUGCAGUAUGGGGAACUGGAGAGACAGUUACUGCAAGCAAACCCCAUUCUUGAGGCCUUUGGCAAUGCCAAAACCGACAAAAAUGACAACUCUUCCAGAUUUGGCAAAUUCAUCAGAAUCAAUUUUGAUGUUGCUGGAUAUAUUGUUGGUGCUAAUAUUGAGACCUAUUUGCUGGAGAAGUCUCGAGCCAUUCGUCAGGCUAAAGACGAGCGAACCUUCCAUAUCUUCUACCAGCUCCUCUCUGGGGCUACUGAUGCCAUGAGAAAGGAGCUUCUGCUGGGCAGUGCGGAUCAGUACCGCUUCCUCUGCGGGGGGUCACUUCCUGUUCCGGGUCAGAGUGAUUCAGAAAACUUUACUCAGACGAUGGAUUCGGUGACUAUCAUGGGCUUCACCCCGGAAGAGUCCACAUCCAUGUUAAAGGUGAUCUCUGCAGUGCUGCAGUUUGGGAACAUCACGUUUCACAAAGAGAAGAACACAGAUCAGGCCUCAAUGCCAGAUGACACGGCAGCACAGAAACUCUGCCACCUGCUGGGCAUCAGUGUGCUGGAGUUCAGCCGAGCCAUUCUCACUCCCCGCAUCAAAGUGGGCCGCGAGUACGUCCAGAAGGCCCAGACCAAGCAGCAGGCUGACUUUGCAGUGGAGGCUUUGGCGAAGGCCACAUAUGAGCGUCUGUUCCGCUGGCUGGUGCACCGGAUCAACAGAGCCCUGGACCGCAGACAGCGCCAGGGGGCCUCCUUCAUCGGGAUCCUGGACAUCGCCGGAUUUGAGAUCUUCCAGCUGAACUCGUUUGAACAGUUAUGCAUCAACUACACUAACGAAAAACUACAGCAGCUGUUCAAUCACACCAUGUUUGUACUGGAGCAAGAGGAGUACCAGCGAGAGGGCAUCGAGUGGAACUUCAUCGACUUUGGUCUGGAUCUGCAGCCCUGUAUCGACCUCAUUGAGAGACCGGCUCAUCCUCCUGGCGUCCUGGCGUUGUUGGAUGAGGAGUGUUGGUUUCCGAGGGCAACUGAUCGCUCAUUUGUGGACAAGCUGUCAGCUGAGCAGGGUUCACACCCAAAGUUCAUGCGGCCGAGGCAGCUUAAAGAAGAGGCAGACUUCUCCAUUAUACACUAUGCCGGCAAGGUGGACUAUAAGGCAGAUGAGUGGUUGAUAAAGAACAUGGAUCCAUUAAAUGAUAACGUUGCAUCUCUCCUGCAUCAGUCAUCUGAUCCUUUCAUCUCUGAGCUGUGGAGGGAGGAUAUUCAAACUCUUCCUCGCGUCUACUUUUUUGACUCUUAUGCCACACUGCAAACCAAUGGCACUGACAGCAUGGAGAGGAUUGUGGGUCUGGAUCAGGUGUCGUCUGGAGAGAGCAGUGGGCCGGUGAGUUUUGGGGCCGCUGGGCUCAAGACGAAGAAGGGCAUGUUUCGCACAGUGGGACAACUCUAUAAAGAGUCCCUCACUAAACUAAUGGCCACCCUCCGCAACACCAACCCCAACUUCCUGCGCUGCAUCAUCCCUAACCAUGAGAAAAGGGCAGGGAAGUUGAGUCCUCAUCUGGUUCUGGAUCAGCUAAGGUGUAACGGGGUCCUGGAGGGGAUCAGGAUCUGCAGACAGGGCUUCCCGAACCGCAUCCCAUUUCAGGAGUUCAGACAGAGGUAUGAGAUCUUGACUCCAAAUGCUAUUCCCCGUACCUUUAUGGAUGGCAAACAAGCGUGUGAGCUAAUGAUCAGUGCUCUGGAGUUGGACAAGAACCUUUUCCGGGUGGGACAGAGUAAGGUGUUCUUCCGGGCUGGAGUUUUGGCUCACCUGGAGGAAGAGCGAGACUUGAAGAUCACUGACACUAUCAUCCACUUCCAGAGCGUGGCCCGUGGAUAUCUUGCCAGGAGGGCGUUUCAUAAGAAGCAGCAGCAGCUCAGCGCACUGCGUGUGAUGCAGAGGAACUGUGCUGCGUACCUGAAGCUCAGAAACUGGCAGUGGUGGAGACUCUUCACCAAGGUGAAGCCCUUGCUGCAGGUGACCCGCCAGGAUGAAGAGAUUCAAGCUCGGGAAGCACAACUUCAGAAAGCCAAAGACAAGCUGAGUAAACUAGAGCUUGACUUUUCUGAACUGGACAGAAAAAACCAACAGCUGAUGGAGGAGAAGUCCGUGCUGACUGACCAGCUGCAGGCGGAGGCCGAGUUAUUCGCAGAGGCAGAGGAAAUGAGAGCGCGGCUGGCCAGUCGCAAACAGGAGCUUGAAGAUGUGCUGGGGGAGCUUGAGAGCCGUCUGGAGGAGGAAGAGGAGAGGACCCUUCAGAUGACCAAUGAGAAGAAGCGAAUACAGCAACAUGUGCAGGAUCUGGAGGAACAGCUAGAGGAGGAAGAAGGGACACGUCAGCGCCUCCAGCUGGAGAAAGUCACCCUGGAGAGCAAAGUGAAGAGUCUGGAGGCAGAGACGCUGUCGGCUGGAGAGCAGAGAGACCGAUUCAACAAGGAGAAAAAACAUCUGGAAGAGAGACUGAAUGAAGUGACAGAUCAACUCACAGAAGAAGAGGAGAAGGUGAAGAGUCUUAACAAGCUGAAAAACAAACAGGAAGCUGUCAUUGCUGAUUUAGAAGAGCGUCUGAAGAGGGAAGAGCAGGGCCGUCUGGAACAGGAGAAGUGGAAGAGACGGAUGGAAGGAGAGGCAGUGGAGGCCCAAGAGCAGCUGUCCGACCUGAGCUUACUCGUCACUGAGCUGAGAGGCAGCCUGAGUCAAAGAGAGAAAGAGAUCACCACACUACAGACACGGCUGGAAGAAGAGGGGGCACGUCGUGCAGAGGCUCAGAGAGCCCUGAGAGAGGCCAUGUCUCAGGUCUCUGAGCUCAAAGAGGAAGUGGACAACGAAAAAGGAAUGAGAGAGAGAGCAGAGAAACAGAGGAGAGAUCUGGGAGAGGAGUUAGAAGCUUUGAGGACCGAACUAGAAGAUACAUUGGACACUACAGCUGCUCAGCAAGAGCUCAGGUCUCGCCGUGAGGCUGAAUUAGGAGAGCUUCAGAGAUGUUUAGAGGAGGAGACCCGUCGUCAUGAAGCCCAGCUGUCAGACCUCCGCAUCAAACACACCGCUGCCAUAGACUCCCUACAGGAACAGCUGGACAACACCAAGAGGUCCCGUCAGUCUCUGGAGAAGGCAAAGGCCGUUCUGGAGGAGGAACGCCUGAACCUGAGUGCUGAGCUGAAGACUUUACAGGGAGGGAAGAUGGAGAGCGAGAGGGGCAGAAAGAGAGCAGAGGGACAGCUACAGGAACUCAAUGCACGCCUCGCACAGGCUGAGAGAGAAAGAGAAGAGCGAGAGGAGCGACUCUGUAAACUCCAGUCGGAGCUUGAGUCUCUGUCCAGUUCUCUGUCUUCAUCAGAGUCCAAAUCUCACCGCCUAAGUAAGGAAGUCAACAGUCUGGAGAGCCAACUACACGAUGUGCAGGAGCUACUGCAGGAAGAGACACGGCAGAAGUUGGCACUGGGCUCACGUGUACGUGCUCUAGAGGAAGAGAAAGCUGGAUUAAUGGAAAGGCUAGAGGAGGAGGAGGAGAAGACCAGAGAACUUACACGCCAGAUUCAGAACCACACACAACAGCUGUCUGACCUAAAGAGGCAGACGGAGGAAGUGAAUACAGCGGUGGAGGCCGGGGAGGAGACCAGGAGGAAGAUGCAGAGAGAGCUGGAGAAUGCCAUACAGAGAGAGAGAACCAAAGAAGAAGAGAAAGAACGCAUAGAGAGACAGAAAGAACGACUGAGAGAAGAGAUAGAGGACAUGACAAUUGCUUUGCAGAGAGAAAGACAAAACUGCACUGCUCUGGAGAAACGACAGAAGAAAUUUGAUCAGUGUUUGGCAGAGGAGAAAGCAGUCAGUGCUCGGCUGCUGGAGGAACGGGACCGCGCCGAAGCAGAGAGUCGAGAGAAGGAGACGCGUUUCCUGUCUCUCUCAAGGGCUUUACAGGAAGCAACAGAGCAGAGAGAUGAGCUGGAGAGAACCAAUAAGCAGCUCCGCCUGGAGAUGGAGCAGCUCGUCAAUGCCCAAGAUGACGUGGGCAAAAAUGUUCAUGAGCUAGAACGUUCUCGGCGGGCUCUGGAAACAGAAGCCCAGUCUCUGAAAGAACAGACCCAGGAGCUGGAGGAUGAGCUGUCAGAGGCCGAGAACGCUCGCCUCAGACUGGAAGUCACCCUUCAGGCUCUUAGAGCUCAGUUUGAGAGAGAGAUCAGCACUAAAGAGGAGAAAGGGGAAGAAAAGAGGAGAGCUCUCAACAAACAGGUGCGAGAACUUGAAACAAUGCUUGAGGAGGAGAAGACUCAGAGAGCUCAGGCACUGACUGUCAAAAAACAACUGGAGACAGAGCUGCAAGAGGCAGAGGCUCAGGUGGAAGCAGCCAAUCGGGGCAGAGAGGAAGCUCUUAGACAGAUGAAACGUCUCCAGACUCAGAUGAAGGAGCUUAUUCGUGAACUUGAUGAGACCAAGUUAGCUCGAGACGAGAUUAUUGCCCAGUCCAAGGAUAGUGAGAAACGGCUGCAGACGCUGGAAGCAGAACUAUUACAGCUGACAGAGGAGCUGGCUGUUUCUGAGAGGCAGAAGAGACAGGCCCAACAAGAGAGAGACGAACUGGCAGAUGAAAUUGUCAACAGUACAACUGGAAAAUCUGCAAUGUUGGAAGAGAAGAGACGUCUUGAUGCCAGAAUCACUCAGCUGGAGGAAGAGUUGGAGGAGGAACAAAGCAACGCUGAACUUCUAGCCGACAGGCAGAGGAAGAGCACCUUACAGGUUGAGACUCUUACAGUCCAGUUAUCUGGAGAGAGGACGCUGGCACAGAAGAGUGAGAGCGCACGAGAGACUCUGGAGAGGCAGAAUAAAGAGCUGAAAACUCGUCUCAGUGAAAUGGAGGGGACUGUGAAGGGAAAACAUCGCCUCAGUGUCGCCGCCCUGGAGGCCAAGAUAGAAUCUGUGGAGGAACAACUGGAGCAGGAGAGACAGGAGCGAACCAUGGCCAAUAAGCUUGUGAGGAAAACAGAGAAGAAAUUGAAAGAAGUUCUGAUACAGGUGGAAGAUGAAAGGAGACAUGCGGAUCAGUACAGAGAGCAGUUGGAUAAGUCUAUGGGACGUCUUCGUCAGCUGAAGAGGCAGUUAGAGGAGGUGGAGGAAGAGAACUCUCGCUCCAACGCUCAGCGCAGGAAACUACAGCGAGAGCUGGAGGAAAUGAGUGACAGCAUGCAGAGCAUGAACCGCGAGCUCAACACGCUCCGCUCCCAACUCAGCAUCACAGAACGGCAGAAGUCAGAACAGCGAGCUCCUCUCCCUAUCUCCAUGCGUGCUGGCCGCAGAGCUCUGGUGGAUGACCUUUCUCAGGAGAACUCUGAUUCUGAGGAUCCAGGUGCUUCUCCCACCCCGUCCAGCGGCCCGCCGGGGACCCCCACACCCUCAGACAACGCCCUGGGCCCCCCUCCUCCGUACAGCCUUACAGACGCUGAAUAAGAAGGGGAGAGUGUCAUAGAUGGACAGUUUUCCUGGUUUAACUUACAUAGCUUUUGCAGUCGUACACAUAACAGAACAUCCGUGCUGUCACACAUAACUUGAAACUAGUUAAUGUGAUUUAUUGAUUUUUAAAUGAACGGUUUAGCAUGCAAGAUGGAAAAAGACUGAUGCAGUACUCUCGUAGUACUAUUUAAACCAAGCAAGCAGUGAGUAAAGACUGCAGUUUUUAGAGAAAUAAAUAUCACAUUUCCCAGCAUUCUUUGGGAAAUACAAAUACUGUAUAUGGGUGCAGUAUAUCAGGCUUGUUGUGGCGAAAUUAUGACGGCCAUCUCAAGUUCUCUCUCAAUCAAUCAAAAGCCAUGUGUUUAGGAGAAAUUUGCAUGUCGAUGGCAAUCGAAGGCCAUCGGGUAUUACGCAGAUGAUCCACGAUCAGGCUAAAACGCGUCAUCUGUGCUCGCACAAGCCAUCAAACCCUCAAAGCACUCGGAAACUUUCUCUCUCUCACUAAAAUAAUGUAAGGUUUUAAGAAAUUGAGAGUUGAAAAGGAUCAAGGAUGUCUCUUCAGUAUUUUAGAAUAUCUCUGUGCUUAAAUUUUUAAAAGCGAUAGUUUACUUCGGAUAAAUAGACAACAGUGCUUUUUGUUCAACGUAAUUAGGCAGAGACGAUGAUUAUGGAAGCCUGUUUCCACCUCAGUAAAGAAGAAAAAAGUAAGGCGACAAGUUUGUUUCUUUAUAGUUGCAAUUUUAUAACUUAUAUCUCAAAAUGUGACUACAUCCCACAUUGUGAUUUUAAAUCUCGCCGUUGGGACUUUACAUCGCGAGUUUCCACUAACUGUUAAAAUUAAAUAAAAAUUUUACCUAAUGUCUUUCUAUCAUGCAGUAUGACGUUACGGGCCAGAUUUACUAAACCGGUAAAAUUAGAGUUAGAGAGCAAUUCCUUAAAAGUGCAGAUGAGCUUUUGUCACUUUAUGUCGCUGUUAUCUUUUUUUAUUUUUUACUCUGAGGUAAAAAGGGGCUUCCAUAGAUGGCAUUUUAAACGCACAAAGUUACGAUUGUACAAGUGAGAAAGAGAAAAAUGCUUUAAAUUAAAUUAAUAUGCUACAAAUUUGAGCCGUCCAUUAUAGCUUUUACAUCUUAGCCAUAACCUGACCAUAAGAAUAAGAAAAAAAAAAGGAGGAUACAGGAAGAAAAAAAAACACAUAAAAGGUCAAAAAGAUACCGGACUUAUAGCAGAAAACAAAAGAAGAGCAGCCAAAGCUGACAGAUUUCACCUCCAUGUAGAUUUAACGGUAACAAUUCUUAGAUAUUUGAAAAUAUACCUGCUGUGAUCUCAUUCAGACUUUAGUCAUCGGUUCACCUCCCUGUUAAGUUCAGGGUAAGCUCUGUUCUGCAGAUCGAACCCUCUUAGAUACUGUGUGUAGAUAGUUAGGUAGCUCUAAAGGGACGCUUUUGUUAGUAGUGACUUAGAUAGGUAGUUAGGAUUUCUUAAUUUAUGUCUUAACACAUCCGCUCCAGUUUCAGACUACUGACUCGUUGUCAUUUUUAUCAGAUAAGAGAAUUCCAGUAUGCAGUCUAUUUAUUUUGUUUUGUAUUGAUUUUUUUUUUUUUUUUUCGUCUGCACAUAGACAUGUCACGGUUGUAUAGUUUGCAAUCUUAAGUGAAAAUAAGGCGAUAGAGAAUUUGAGGGCAAGGAUGGGUUUACACUCGGUCAGAAACACUGGACAGAAUAAAACAAUAAACACGUUCACUAAAUAAGCUGCAGUGGACCUCGAAUAACUCAAAUAACACAUCCGUCAAUAUGGUUUCGACACUGGGAAAGAGCGAGAAGUCUGUUAUCAAGAUUUCUAUGUCAUGGUGUGAACUUGGAAGACAUGAACAUAUAUAAUAUCUUGCCUAGUUUUCCCAGGGGUUGAAGGCUGCUAGUUAUUACUUCUCUCAUAUCGAUGUAACUUUUUUUAAUCAAAAGGACAUAUUGUAUUUUUGUUUGAUUGUUUGUUCGUUCGUUCAUUUUUGAAUGUGGUAAAUAUUUAUGGAUCAAAGCGUUUGUUACACACAAUCCGGGGCAUAUGGAUGACUAAAGGGACGUUAUUUUAGCUGUGUGCAUGUCAGCGGUGCCUGUAGUAUCUGAAGAAAAUACAUUGAAAAUCAGUGAAAUAAUGAGAACGAGGUCUGGAAUUUGAUAAAUAAAUUGCAAUAUUAGUCUCCCUGAACAGCAACCCGACUCGUAGAUACUGUUUAGAGUGCAGUUGUUGAUUGGGUUUUUUUUUUAUUGAUGAAUUCACGACAAACGAAAGUUUCCUUAACCUUCACUAUACAUAAGUCUCUGAUAUUAUCAUUCAGAUAUUGUACGGUGAUGAGCAUUUUAAUGCACUGCUCUUGACUUACACACGCUAGUUUUUCAAAACGAUAACAGUGUUAACUGUGAAGAAUAAUCGUCUGUCACCAUUGAGUAUUAGAACAUAUUUAAAAUCUGUUCAGCCUGUGAAAUUACAAUUUGAUUCCCCGAUGCACUGAAGAGUUUAUUACACUGUUAUUACUGCAGUUAUUACUACCUGUGUGGUUCAGCAACAGUAUCUGUCCAAUAAAUCGGAAAGCAGGGUUUUCGUAUUAGAUCAUCUCUGUACGUAAAAUGUCUGUAAUAGGUUAUAUAGAUCACAUUUUGAUACUUGAAUUGUUUUAUUUGCCCCGAUAAUGUAUUAUUUCGUGUAUUUUGUUUUUUUUUGUUUUAAAUACUGAUCUCUAGAAUCAAGAUGGAAUUGUAUUUAGUUGAAAAAUGUUGACUGAAAGGGUCAGGAAAAGGAUAGGAGCCAAAAGACUUGAGCCUUGUACAACAGAUUGUUUUUAUUCUGCGUAUUUGUCCGUGUUCCUAAAUUACAUCUGCCUAUAAUCUGACUGUUUGCCUUUCAAGAAACUCAACAGUGCUGCUAAAAAUGUGGUUCGUCACUGAUAAAUGAGUCGUUUAAUUUAUUUGUACAUUCAACAGACAGAUUUGCAGAGCCGUUCAAAGUCAAAAAAAUCCAUUUGGAGAGCAUUCGAAUUCGUAUUUCUCUGAAUCCUAAAUUCUGGUUUAAUAAAUGAGCCUUGUUAUACUGAACCUGCGCUUUAUAAUGCAGCUUUAAAGCGGUGUGAGAUGAAUGGAAAUAGCUGAGAAUAUGUAUGAAAAGGAAUUAAAACUCCAGCUGAGAUACAUGUUUGUAUCCGAAGUGAUUCUGAAGAGGACUGUGUGCUUUUCUUUUGCAUUUGUGGAACUUGAAUUUUUAACCAUGUUGUUUAUUUGAUCUUUUGCUUUAUUUUGCUAUAAUGACGAAUUGAGACUGGGGUGAAUUUUAAUAUACCAUUGGUUUUGAAA